CUAAGGUGCUCGUGGCCCUUUAAGAGCCCGAGGGAGCGAGGCUGGAUCAGAGCGCAUAACCACAGUGCCUGUGCCUGAGUGGGAUAGGCUGCUUUGGCAGGGAUGGGCUGGGAGGAGUCCUCUUGCAUCUGCAAUCUCUGGACAGGGAAAGAGAGAAGAGGGUAGAACGAGGGGGGAGGAAGAGGAAGCAAAAAGAAAAAAAAGGCAGGCAGGCGCCGAGGGUGCUGUGUGCCUCAGGCUUGACUAUCCUUAGCAGCACAAUCUGCUCUUCUUUGCAACCGCUGCUUUUAAAAGUUUGUACGCUUUGGGCAGGAGCAUUGACUGCACCAACCUCCUGGAGGAGGGAUUUAUUUCGUCUUAUCUUUCCUUGCACCUCAGCCCAAGAUCUGCACUCCCCCACCCCUUAAUUUUGUUGUUUUCUUCUGGGGUUCGGGUUGCAGAGGACCUAAGCUAUGCCCCGGAAGAGUAUCUUGGAGGUGAAGGUGCUGGACGUGCAGAAGCGGCGAAUUCCCAACAAACACUAUGUAUAUAUUAUCAAAGUCACCUGGUCCAAUGGAUCUAAUGAGGCCAUUUAUCGGCGAUACAGCAAGUUCUUUGACCUGCAGAUGCAAAUGUUGGACAAAUUUCCAAUGGAAGGAGGACAGAAGGACCCCAAACAAAGGAUCAUCCCCUUUCUGCCAGGCAAGAUCCUCUUCCGUCGAAGCCACAUCCGUGAUGUUGCUAUCAAGCGUCUUAUACCCAUUGAUGAGUACUGCAAGGCUCUGGUUCAGCUGCCACCGUAUAUCUCUCAAUGUGAUGAAGUGCUUCAGUUCUUUGAGACGAGACCAGAAGAUUUAAAUCCUCCGAAAGAGGAACCAAUUGGAAAGAAGAGAUCUGGAAUUAUCCAGAGAACGGCUUCUUUCCUUCUGAGAGGUGAUUUGGCAUCUACUGAUCCCAUGGUCUUGGAACAGUAUGUGGUAGUGGCGGAUUACCAGAAGCAAGAGAGCUCUGAGAUUAGUUUGUGUGCAGGCCAAGUGGUAGACAUAAUUGAGAAGAACGAAUCUGGCUGGUGGUUUGUGAGCACAUCAGAUGAACAAGGAUGGGUCCCAGCUACAUGCUUAGAAGUUCAGGAUGGAGUCCAGGAUGAAUUUUCAAUGCAGCCUGAAGAAGAGGAGAAAUAUAUGGUAAUCUACCCCUAUACUGCUCGGGACCAAGAUGAAAUGAACCUGGACAAAGGGGCUGUAGUGGAGGUGAUCCAGAAAAACCUGGAAGGAUGGUGGAAAAUCAGGUAUCAGGGUCAGGAGGGCUGGGCCCCAGCAUCGUACCUGAAAAAGGGGAGUGGGGACAUGCUUGCUCCAAAACUGGGAUCUGCCGCAUCUGCCCAAUCGUACGCACUGGAUUUGGAUGGAAUCUCCCGGCAGCAGAACUCAUCGGGCCGAGACAAGGAUGGGCCAAACAACCAAAGAGAUGGAAAGGUUGAUGGCCGCCCAUUGCCAAAUGUGGACCUUAGGCGAAAGUCACCAAAGAUGAGGCAAAGACCCCCUCCUCGUCGAGAUCUCACAAUACCGCGUGGCCUCAACCUGCCUAAGCCUCCUGUGCCCCCGGAAGUGGAAGAGGAGUAUUACACCAUUGCUGACUUCCAGACCACUAUCCCUGAUGGCAUCAGUUUCCAAGCAGGAAUGAAAGUAGAGGUGAUUGAGAAAAACCUGAGUGGCUGGUGGUAUAUCCAGAUAGAGGAGAACGAAGGCUGGGCACCAGCUACUUUUAUUGAUAAAUACAAGAAAACUAGUAGUGCAUCUAGACCUAACUUCUUGGCUCCAUUGCCAAAUGAAAUGGCCCAGCUCCGGCUUGGUGACAGUACAGCAGAGAGCAGCUGUAACGAAGAAGCACUUGGACCAUCCAGGCCUCUGCCUGAAGCACCACCUAAUGAUAUAGACUGUGGGGUGAAAUGGAAAGGGAAGGAGGCUGCCAAGGGCACCCCACCAGAGAGCAGCGAUGCAUCUCUGUCUGUGGGAUAUGAGGAGAUUUCUGAUCGGGAUGUAGAGGAGAAACCUAGUCUCCCUCCUAGGAAGGAGUCCAUCAUUAAAUCUGAAGAGGAGUUGAUGGAAAGGCAGCGGUUGGAACAGAGGCCACCGCCAAAGCCUCCUGGCAUGAUAUUGCCUGUGAUUCCCCCCAAGCAGGUUGUCCCUCCAAGGGAUAACAGAAAGCCAGAGCUCAAAACAGAGAAGGGGAAGCUGUUCCAGCUGAAAAAUGAAAUGGGAUUAGAGUGUGGGCACAAAGUGUCUCCCAAAGAGGUAAAGAAGCCAAACCUUCGGCCCACAGUUAAGCCAACCAAGCCAAAAGUUGAAGCCCCAGAGGAAAAGCCCGAGCCUGGGACCCAAAACCCCUUCUUGAAGUCAAAGCCUCAGAUCAGACCCAAGCCAGCAGCAGCCCCUAGGACAGAUCCCCCCCAGGGAGAUGAUAAACUAGAUAUUUGCAACCUGAGGAGCAAACUCAAGCCUGCAAAGGCACAAGAGAAGCUGCCCAAUCAGGACUCUGUAGCUAGCGAGAGUGCCUUCAGUAACAACAGGCUUCCCGUAGAACCUGCAGUCAGAUCUCAAGAAAGACCAAAUGUGGAGAUGAGGCCUCCAUCCAGACCAGAAAGCCAAGUCUUUAAGGACGCUGCCUUACCCAGAGUUCCUUUUGGCCCCUCAAAGCUGGGAGAGAGUGAGCCUAAGAGCAGCUUUCCAGUUCCCAGGGAACCACUUCAGCGGCCCGUGGUACCACCCAGGAGGCCGCCACCUCCUAAGAAAACUUCCAUGCCAUUACCUGUAUCUUCAUUCACCCCCUCCCCAGAAAACAAAGCCCCACAAAGGGAAGUGCCUGAACUCAGAGCUGCCUCAGUGCCUGGCAGGCCAAUGUUGGUUCCACCAAAAGCCAAAGGUUUCUUGCCAGCAACAUGUGAAGAUGAUGCCAAAGUGAAAAGUGGCUUAGGCCAAAAGGGAAUCCCCAAGCCUGUGGAGAGGGAGAGAGGAUCUGUCCCCAUCACGAAUUCAGAUAUCUCCAAAGAAGCCCUCUACGUGGCAGUGGCAGAUUUUGAAGGUGAUGAAGAAACAGGCAGCUUUAAAGAAGGGACCUUAUUUGAAGUCCGUGAGAAGAAUAGCAGUGGCUGGUGGUUUUGCAAGGUCCUUGCUGGAGCGCCAUGUUGGGAAGGCUGGAUUCCUUCCAAUUAUCUUCAGAAAAAGCCAUAGCCCUUCCUUUUGUCUUCAUUUUAAGCAGCAACUCAACAUUCCCCAUUUUAGUACCAAAAUAUUUAAAUAGCUUAUUUAUAGUUUUUCGUAAGGCUGGCUCUAUUUAAAAAAAAAAAAAAAGUAUCUGAGAUACCAAUUUGUGUCUUUUCCAAGAAAGAAUAGGAAGAGAAACAGGCCUUCAUGAAUUGCAGCUCAAGCUACUGUUUCGUCUCUUGGUAACUCACUCCCUGAACACUUUUUUUAUAUGGUAUCCCCCCACUCCCGGUCCAUUCCCCACCCUAUGUGCUGUUUAAGUCAACCUGCCCUUCACAAGACCGGCUGAUUAAGAUGUGUGGGUGGUUUUAAUUCUCUUCAGAUUCUGGAACAAACAGUGGAGGGGGCGAGAGAGAGAGAGAGAUUGAAAUGUAAAAUCCUGGGAGAUUAUCGGUUUUUAGCUCGGUAAAGGAGUGAAGCCAGUCCCACUAGUCAAAGAAGAGAAGUGAGAAAGUAGGAAGCCACUGUUUGGGCUGAGUUUCCUUGUUGACUAUCAUGUGUUAGUAUUAUGCCGUUAACUAUAUCCAAGGGCUAAUAGGCUCCAUGGCAAACAGAAAAAUAAUAUUACGAUAUAUACCUAGGUGGGAAGGCCUAUCCAAGUAGCUGUUAAGAGAUUUUUUCUAGCCUUAUGUAAGUAUCUUUUUCUCCCUUAUUUGAACAGUUCUCCUGUUAAGAGUUGUCCCCAUGUGUGACACCUGGUCUUAAGUCAUGUGCACAUGUGCGCUAAUAGAGUUGGAUGUGCUCUCUGUUGUGCAGACCUCUGUAUAGGCUUGUGUAGUUCUUGCCCAGUAUUCUAGUCUCACUUUAGUAAAUAGAGCAGAAGUUGUAUUAGGUUAUUCAUACUGUUCAGCCAUAAGAAUUUGAAUAACUCCAAGAUCUUCUGGCAAGAUCUUCUAAGGAUUUGUAGCAGAACAUAGUGCUGCCUCUUCAGGGAUAAAUUGCACAGCUGCAUUCAUGCCUGCACACAAGUAGGUCUCUUGUGCUCUUCUGCCAUGAUUCCCCAGGUCUAGUAGAUGAUAACUGCCGGGAUGGUAGCCCUCCAGUUGGUGCUAAUAAUUUCUAGUGCAGGGCUUUCCAAUCUGGAAGUAGCAACCAGGUUUCAAAAAGGCAGAAGGUUUUGCUGUACCUCGCCUCAUUUUACAUAUUCCUUAUGAAUUUGCUUGUGUGAACCUUUUCAAAAAGCAUGUUUCUCACCAGUGUGUUGGUUGUAGGAGGGGGGGGAGUGCCAUGGCAUGCAUUGACCUACAACAAUAGUUUUUGGAGGAGUGUGAACUGUUCUAACUUCUCUGGAUAAGAAGGCAUGUUUUUAUCCUGGUCUGUUAGCUGUGGGCCGUGACCAUUUUCUGUGAAGCCAUGGAAUUGGCUGUUAUCUGAGGAGUGCUGGGUUUAGGAGCACAUUGUGCUUAAUAUAAUAUAUACAGUAUGUGCAUUGGAACAACAGUCAUGAGGUGUUAGAUAAAGAAAUAUGCCAAUGCGUGUUUGGCGUUUGUCCCUUUAUAAAUAUAUGAAGGGGAGUGGUGCUGCCUGAUCCUUUACUGAUCAUCACUUGUGUAUAUUUAAAGGGACAAGAAAUGCACAUGUGUGUGUGAGCACACCCUUUUUCUUCAUUUAAUGCAUGUGUAUGUGCAUUCAUGCCUGGUGUGUGAAAAUGCCAAAGAACAUUGACUCCUGCCCUCAGUCGUAGAUGUUUUUAAACUAACCAUUGAUGCAGAUGAUCAGUGGUUGUAUUUUCAGAAAUACAAACCUGGAUGGAUUCACUGUGGAUCUAGGACAUAACUGUAGAAAAUUCACUUUACAUCAAAAUUCACCAACAGAGGUCCUAAAAAUAUUCUGGCUUCAAAAGGACCUCCUCAGAGCUAACAAUUUGUCCGUUAUUGGCAUGAAUCAGCCUAGUUUGGUCUUCCAUGGACUGAAUCCCACUAAUUUCCGCCAGACUUGUAUCCUCCAGAUGUUACUGGGCUACAGCUCCCAUCAUCCCUGGCCGGGGCUGAUACGAUGAGAGUUGAAACUGAACAUCAUCUGGAGAGCACCAGAUUGGGGAAGGCUGACUUAAGUUAAAUGUGCAUUCUACCUGAAAUCUUCCUAUAUAGGGAUUGAUCCGUUUUUUAAAAGAGGAUUUAGGAGUCCAGCUCCUAAUUUUGCUUUUGAAGUUCAGUACUUGACAUUCACGUGAUGGUAUGUUUCCUCAAUAUGUGUUGUUUUGGCCACAGGUUAGAUAAAAAGGACAGUGUGUUUCUUCUGUCCAACCCUUAGAUUAGCAGUAACCAACAUGGUAACCCAUCAUGUUGUUGGGCUACAACUUCCAUCAGCAGCUACAAGCAUUCUUGGAGGAUAGAUUAUCUAAACCCAUUCUAGUCCGGGUUUUGACUUGGCUUUAGCUGAAUCAGCCUUGGUUGCCCUGAUAGAUUACAGGCAUACCCCGCUUAACAUCGCUUCACUUAACGUCGCCUCGCUAUAACGUACAUGCUCCAUACGUCCCCAUACCCCUCUUAACAUUCACACGCUUCACAAUAACGUACACUUUAUCGGCAUGAUGCCGCUGCCAUCUAGUGGUGAUUGCUUGCAGUACAAGUGAAGACAAUUGCUUCACUUAAUGUUUAUUUUCACUUACAGUAUACUCUUCGGUCCCAUUGAGAGAGGGAUAGGGGGAAUAUGACCCUGUUACUCUUCCUUGAUCUCUCUCUCAGCUAUUUUUGAUACAAUCGACCAUGGUUCCCUCUGGGGCAGAUCUGCAAGAUGGGAAUUGUGGCUGUUGUUUUUCAGUGGUUCCGUUCCUACGUGCAGGGUCUGUUUCAGAGAGUAGUAGUGGACUACCUGUUGGCUCCCUGGCAAUUACGCUGUGGGGACCCACAGGAUACCAUCUUGUCCUCUAUGCUAUUUAACAUCUGUGUUAAGCUAUUGGAUGAGAUCAUUAGACUAUUUGGAGCAAAGUGUCAUCUGUAUGCUGAUGACACCCAGCUGUGUUUCUCUGUGACAUCUGAAUCACGUCUGCUGUGCUAGCCUAGAGCCAGUGUCUGGACACAGUGGUGGAUUGGAUGAGGGCUGAAUCCUGAAGCUGAUUCCUGGGAGGGCUGAGGCCCUGUGGGUGAGUGGUUCUACUGUUCAGAAUAUAGAUCAGUUACACAUUCUUUUUUUUUUUACAAUAAUUUUUAUUCAAAUUUUCAUAAAACAUAGAAAACAAAAUCAUAAAACAUUCAAAGACAAAAAACAAAACAAAACAAAAAUGAUUAAACAAAAAAAAAUAAAAUGUUGACUUCCCAUUUGUCACAUAUCAAAUCAGUUAUAGGUCUACAAUAUAUAACAAUCCUGUCUCUUAAAUCAUAUUAUA